AGUUAUUCAAACCCCGGACAAAAGAAAGCUCGCUUGGCCUCCACGCGCCGUACACGAGUGCAGAUUAUGGUGUAGACACGCAGGGUAUAAAACGCCGUGUUUGCCUGUAGCUUAAAAUCAUAAGCGCUACGGAGUUUCAUAAUCUAAGAUUUUCAAAUUUUAUCUUAAAAUAAAGCUCGAAGAAAUAAAUUUAAAAGGAUAGUUUAAUUUUGCGGGUGUUAAGCAGAGGUUUAAGAAGUUUUAUUUAUAAGGUUACUGAUUUAAUAGUAUGAUUAGUUGGUCAUCUCAGAGUUAUAUCGUUACAGUUUUAGUCGUAGGGGUUGUUGGGAAUCAUAUAAACCCCCAGUGUCCAAGGCACAGGGGUCUACCUGAUGGAUUUUCUAGAACGGAGAACAGAUUCCGAGAAAGAGCUCUAUUUAGGUUGGAUCUCAGGAGUGCCAUACAGGGCUAUCUACCAGAGCAUGAAUAUAGAUUCCGCGUUCAAACUACAGCAAGAAAGUACAAGUUUAAUGACGCUACAGUAUCGAUAGACGCGGUCGAUGAGAAAUGUGGGGCUGGAAGUUGGAUGACAGAGGCUGAUGGGUUGUACUCACCCAAGGACUGUCCUUCUAUUGUUACUACCCAGCAAAAACAGCCAAUGGGACGUGCUCACUUUAAAUGGAGAGCUCCAGCAUGUGGAUGUGUGCAUUUUCGGGUACGUGUCCAUGUUAAUUCUACAUACUAUCUCGAGAACGAAGAUGUAUUUAAUGGACCACUGGCACGAACCAUCUGCCCCCAUGCUUCAGUUGUUACGGCCCCGGCCACAGAUAUCCCGUCAGCGACUACAUUAAAGGCAGCAUUGCCAAAAGUGCUAACGCGCAACGAACGUCUGCAAUUACUUUGUGAUGUCACACAAGAUCAUGACGUUGAGGAUGUAAUGAAUAAUGAAGAUUUCAUGUCCAAACGAACGGUGUCAAAAAUGAGCAGUUUUGAAUUGGAAAGACUCAAUAUUGCCGUAGAAAGACGUCAUCUUGAAAUACUCGAUUGUUGUAAACUUGCCAAACAGUAUGACAGGAAUGAGUGCUUCGGUGAUAUUAGACGCAUUAGAAUUGAUACAUUUUGUGGAAGUGGGGAACCAGAUAUACCCUUAACAAAGACCAGAUAUGAUUGGAUAAAACAAAAGCAAUCCGAAUGUUGUCCCGAAAUUGGUGAAUCCCGGUAUGAAUGUUUUAAUCACACCCUAUACGAUAGUGAAAUGGUGCAAGAUGGACUUGGUCAUCAUGCGUCUAUUGACAUGGAUGAUUUUGAUCCUGUCAAUUAUGUUGAAGACUAUCCACGGGCAGAGGAAAUAAGAAAGAAUUUUUCAAAGAAUAUGGAGCAGACGACAAAAGCAGACGGCGACAAUGCUCUGACCGGGACUACAAAUGAUGUGCAAUAUAAACCGGACAAUGAAUCUCAAGUUUUAGAUACCACUCAUUUGAGUACUGACACUAAGGAACACGACAAGCAUCAUGAUAAUGACACUCGUCAUAAUUCUGAAGCUGAAGAAAAACAAAGAUCUGAUGACGAUGACGAUGAUGAUGAUGAUGAUAAUAAAGAUGAUAAUGAUGAUGAUGGCGAUGGUAAUCACGAUGAUGAUGAAACCCAUCAUAAUUCUGAUACUAAAGAAAAACAAAGAUCUGAUGACGAUGACAAUGAUAAUGAUAAUGAUGAUGAUGAUGAUGAUGAUGAUGAUGAUGAUGAUACUAAUGCAAAAGCUGAACAAGUAAAUGACGAGUCCAUGAAAGAUGAUGUCAGAAAUAGAUAUCUAUCUCUUGAAGAGUGUUGUAUGAACGGGAUAGAUGCAGGUACCAGAGUCGCCGCGGAAGGAUUUGCGGGCUGUUUCAAAAUGGCGGACAAGUUUGAUUCUUUCUUUACCAAGUGGACAAAGAAAUGUGACCGCCAUUUUGUCAUCUGUUGUAUGAGAGUUGUUGACGGUCUAGCCUCGACAAAGAAACCGCUGAUUUGAGACCUCAACUUUAGAAGAACACAAAUGUAACCUCGUGUUCCCAACAAUAUUGCAUUUUGUGGACGUCAAUGUUCGUGACAGACACCGCAUACAUGUUAAUACAUUCGGAUAAAGCCACUUUUUCAGCUGCAGGAUUACCAUUGGCUAAAUUUAUGAACGACAACCAAUCAUGGAAGAGAUGUUAUAGGCUUAAAACUUUGGAUUGGCCAAUCACAUACCUCAUUAUAUAAGUUUAUCUACCUGUUUUCAUUAGUUAUUUGGUGCAAUAUAGUGUUUGUGAACAAAGAAACAUACUUACUGUACAUAUUAUAUAUGUACAUGGAACAGAACAGAUACUUUUAUAACUUAGUGCAUCAAAUGCUACAUAUCAUGGCAUUAUUUAAAUUGCAAAAAAAGACUCAGUCAUAUACAUGUAAUAUAUCUCGUAAUUUAUAAUUAUAUAUGUGUAUCAACAACAAAUAUUUAAAACGAGGAAUUGAAAAAGCUUUCAUAUUUUUAAUAGUUCAUAGUGCGUUUCACACAUUCUUUGAUAUCCUUUGCUAAAUCUAGAUUCGGUAUUUUAUCAAAUAGUGCACUGGUUUAUUUUUUGCUCAUACGUUUUUUUUAAAAUUAUUUCAAUAUUUUUCCUCGGGCUAUAUUUUAUAUUAUAAGUAUGGUUUUCGUCUUCAACAUCAAAAUGCUUCUGGUACAACAUGCACACUGAACAUGACGUUUCAUCAUAGAAUCUCCUUUCGAAAAAAAAAACAACAUUAUUAUCCAAACUGAACUUCAAGGACAAAUACAUAUGUCUUUCAUAUUUCUAUCAUGGAGAUGUAGAAAUGAAAAUAAAAAGUUAUAAAAUCUCGACAUGACAUUGGGACAAAAUCAACACUUGUCCGUCCUUCCAUAUGCAUCUCUAUGUUAAAUAUCAAACCACGCACCUGCUUGAUUGUGACAUUAUAUGGAAUGUUAAGGUUUUCGUGAUUUAUAUUUAUACAUGAAAUCGUGUGCCAUUCAAGUAUAAACUGUUUAUUGUGGGCGUUUUAACAUUUUUACACUGAAGCAUUGCAUUAAAUGCAUUGUUAUUUAUUUAGAAAAUUAUGAAUGAGAAGUAAUUGUUAGUGUUUCAAACACACUUUAUAAUUUAGUUUUAACAUUAAAUAGAGGAUAUUCAAGUUGUUUCUAUAAAUACAGCAUUGAUUUCCAUUGGGUGGUAUGAAAAUACAUAUUUCACGAGUGGCGGGAGUCACAAGUGAAAUAUUAUAUUUUUCAUAUCACAAACUGAGAGUAAAUGAAAACUUGAAUUUUCUGUUUAAUUUAUACUUUUCUCUUUUCUUUGACCAUACAGAUCUCAAAACUUCUAAUUAACUUUGUGUAUUGGCUGAAUUAAAGAGGGAAGUAGUCCGGCAAGUCACCAGUGAAAAUACGGAAAUAUGUUUCACUGCAGUGAAAAAUAAUUUUUUUCAGAGAAAAUACGGAAAUGAAAAUAAUCAUUUUAACUCAUCAAUAUUUCUCAAUAUUCCUUUUGUGUAUUGCCUGAAUUUAAGAAGAAAGUAGUCCGACAAGACACAGGUGAAAAUACGGAAAAUAUGUUUCACUGCAGUGAAAAAUAUUUUUUUCUGGGAAAAUUAGGAAAGGGAAAUACGCAUUUUAACUCAACAAUAUUUCUCAAUAUUCCUUUCAUACAAUAAUAUUGUAUUUUGUAAUUUUUAAAUGAUGAACUGGUUAGUUUAAAUAAGAUUGAAUUGGAAAAAAGAGAAGAAAUAUUAUUAACAGGAUGUAAAAUACAUUGUACUUAAUCAAAUAAAAUAUGUUUUAGAAUAUUUUGUGUAUUUAUAAAAUGUCUGCUUGUCAAAUACUCAAUCAAACGCUAUAGUUUUAGUUUAUGUUUUUUUUUGUUUUUUUUUUUGUAAAUGCGUUAUUUUGCCAACCAACUGUUUGUUUCUUGAU